GAAACUGAACGCUAUGUUACCUUCGUGCUAGGGACCUCCUCACCACGAAGAGAAACUAGACGCUACCGUCACACAACGGCUCCCGUGCCGGACGUGUCACCGCUUACCUCACACCCAGCGCCGCCCCUCGCCCUUCGCUUUGGUUUUAUUAUAUUAGUUUAGCUCAGGCGCAGCGCGGGCAGCCCCGUUCCCAUAGCAGCCAGGGGCCUGAUGUUUGAAUCCUCUGCUGGCCAAUGAGACUGUAGUUGGGGAGAGCGGGAGGGAAAGAGAGAGACUGUGAGGAAACGGACGGGACAGGACGAGAGAGAGAGAGAGAGAGAGAGAGAGAAGGGGUCGGGAUAAGCCCGGGGACGGAGGAGAUGUGGGGUAGAUGGGAAAGCAAGUGAAGUGCGGGAGUAGGACGUGAAGUGCGGGACUAGGCGCAGGUCUGAGGGAACUGGUGGUGCUGGUCACAUGACGGUGGCUGGCAGGGUGAGUGGGGUAGAGGACACGGAGUGUGUAAGUGAUUAGUGGGGGCUGUGGAACGUGACAUAGGGCCGGGGUCAGUUGGUGAUGGGCGCAGGGAGGCGGGUGAGGUGAGUAACGGUACGAGCAGGAGGUAGGUGGCAUCUGCCCAUGCAGCGAGACUAGACGGAGUGUCAGGCACCGGUAGCGUCAGCAUGAAGCCGGCCCCGGACUAUGCCAGCCUGGCCAGGCUCACUGUCAUCCAGCAUCUGCGCUCACAUGGAAUCAAGAUCAAACACUGGAACAGCAAGCAGCGGUCUGAGCCUGGCAAAGGAGCACUGCUGCCCAGCACUGGCAAAAUCUUUGGAGCCCCUAUUUAUUCCCUGCCACAGUUAUGUGUUCCAGAGUAUGGGAAUAUUCCAAUGUUCCUUGUAGAAGUCUGUAAUUAUUUGGAGACCCAUGCCCAGACUGAAGGGCUUUUCAGGAAGUCUGGAUCUGUUGUACGACAGAAGCUGCUGAAGUCUAAACUUGAUAAAGGAGAUAACAGCCUAUCCAAUGCUCCUCCUUGUGAUGUUGCUGGCAUUCUCAAGCAGUUUUUCAGAGAAUUACCAGAGCCUAUACUGCCCGCAGAUCUUCAGGAUGCUCUGUACAAGGCCCAAAAUUUGAGCAGUGAUGAGGAAAGGACUUCUGCCACCAUGCUCAUCUCCUGCCUAAUCCCAGCCCAGACAGUACUCAUCCUACGAUACUUUUUCCGGUUUCUGCAUUCUGUAUCUAUGAGAUCUGAUGCAAACAAAAUGGACAGUAGUAACUUGGCUGUGAUCUUUGCUCCUAACCUUCUACAAUCGGACGACAGUGAGAAGAUCUCUGCCAGCACAGAAAAGAAGCUGCGUGUCCAGGCAACGAUUGUGAAAACUCUAAUAGAUCAAGCAGCCGAUAUUGGAUGUGUGCCUGACUUCCUCCUUGAGAGAAUUCCAGGCAUGUUGGGAGUAGAUGUGGGUGCUGAUACCCCUGGUCCUGAGGAAAGUGAUCUAAACUCUUCUGGAGAGAGGAAGAGACGGAGAAGGAAAAGUGUUGGAGAUUUUGUUAGUGAAGCAUUGAAUAAACUUAAAACUAAUAGAACACCUUCCUCUACACCCCAGCCAGACAGGACUGUUUUUAGUUCUAUGGUGACACCAUUAAUUCUUACUCCAAGCACCAAAAGAAAGCUCCCUUUGGAUUCUGUGCAGGGAAUUUCUAAUAAGAAGAGGAAAUCCAUUAAACAAAACCUGACUUUUGAACUUUUGCCGAGCAGCCUGUUUGGUGGUGGAUCCACACCAGCCUCUGCUAAGACGGAAGGGAGACCUUGUGUUUCUCUUGAAACAUCCGAAUCCUCUUUCUCACCAUCGGUCAGCAGUGCCAAAUACCUCUCUAGCUCUGGUAACCUGAGACGCAGCAAGAGGUGUGAAAACCGGAAGGUGCAUAGAGUGGAGUCUGGUAAAACAGGCUGCUUCUCUCCUAAAAUAAGUCGUAAAGAAAUGGUGCGCCGGUCGCUUCGUCUUAGAUUCAGCUUGGGAAAAAGUAGCAAAGACGUGAAUACGGGAUUUACUUCCAACAUUCGCUCUCAAAAUAUUGGCUGGAGAUUAGCAAACUCACAAGAAUUAACAGCUCCUGAAACAAAGUUGUCAGCGCUUUCUUCCUCCAUUCAGAGCCCAUGUGUAAGUGCAGGCUCAAAGAAAAUAAGCAAAUCUGAAGACAAUCUCCUAACUCCGCAACAUUCGGAUGAAUUAAGUCAUCGUAUGUCCUGGACUGGACCUCAUCCCCUAAGUGAGGCAUGUGAUGGUGGAACACCUUUAGCUGCAUAUCUCUAUGCUACAAACUGCUACUCUGAGCCUGCUCUUGUAGCUGGAAAACCCCCCGCCAUGCCAAAAACGCUGAUGUUGCUCCCUGUAGAGUGCCAAGAUGAUCAGAAGAAGAUUGAAGACUCCCUUUGUGAAGAAGAAAACACUGAAGCUCAGAUCACAGUACGGAGAAUCACAACAGCGUUUUCAGAAUCAGGAAGUGACCUUCAUGUGGUGGUUGGAUGUGCAAAGUCUCCAGAAGAGGACUGUUCUGAUCUUUUUAUUUCUGAGGCUCAAAAAUGCCCGGAAAUCCAGGCCAGUAGUUUAGCUAAUGACCUUGAUGGUGUUGUAGAUGACGGUACAUCUAGAGGAGAGUUCUACACACAAGGAUAUAUUGUAAAUAAAGAGGAGAACAGCACUGCAGGCUCCCCAGAUAAUCGCUUGGAAUUUAUUCCACAUGUCGCACACCCUCAGCCUGUAUUAAAGAUUGAGGAAGAAAACGACUCUUCAGACACCACAGUAUCUGCACGCCACAGGCAGGAAUGUAACAUGGAAGUGCUUACAUGCAAAACUGGUCACUUGUCAAAGGCCAUCUGUCCUGCUGGAGAAGCAGCUGACCUACCUGCCAUGUCAGAACCUGCGUUGCAGAAAAUGGUCUUGCCAAUGUCCAACAAAGGGUCUACCGUACAGAGCUGUCAGGAUUCUAUACCAACGGCCGUGCCAGUUCGCAGAGCUACUAGGGUUUCUGACCACAUACAGCACUUUAAUAAGCUCUGCUUAAGUGACCGAAGUGCUGUCCAAAAUAAGUCACCCAUCAAAUUUCAGCGUACACCUGUGCGCCAGUCUGUUCGUCGCAUCAAUUCGCUUUCAGGGAUGAGAAGAGAAGUGGAAAAUAUGCACUCUGCUGGAUUGCCAAUGGUGAAAUCUGUUAGUUGUGAUGAAUUUCCAUCCCCAGCAAUGCCUCUGACUAAUGUCAGUCAGGCAUCUUUAUCUACCAGUAGUCGGGUAACCUCAGCAUCCCGUGAUCAGUUACCUGCGCGUCCCUUGCUAGGAUCAAAUUCCAGGGUUGCGAAUCAGUAUUUCAGAAAACCCCAGAGUGCUCUAGCUUGCACUUCACUACCAAUAAAGUCUGUGUUUGAAGACCUAACAAAUAGGGAAAUUUCCAAAGCAACAUUCACAAAAUCUGAUCUCUCUGCAAUCACACCGAAUAAUGCAAGGCGCCAUAUUCUGUCUGUCAGGGAGCCUGUUCGUUAUAAAGGGUCACCAAAGAACCCAAUAGCAAAGGUAACAUUACUGCCAGCUACCAAGCCUUUAGAAUUGUGAGGGAUGGUCAGCUAUUGACAUAGCUUGUUCUCUUUUUUUGGACUUUGCGUUUUAAUUCUACUGCUGGUUAAAGCGGAUUUGGUUUACAAGAAUGUUACCUUGCAAGUCAGACCACCUAACAAAUGCUGUACUCUAUAGCUCAUCCUAGAAGCACCUUGCACACAUUUUAAGCUGUUUUAAAAUUGUUACUUCCGGAUUAAUUCAGGAGCUGGAGAAGGUUUUUAUCUGCAUUUUUAGUCAUGAAUAAUGUAGCGCUUUCUACACAAUGAACAGAGAUUAAAACCUUUUGACUUGAAACUUCCUGAGCUCUACUGUGCUGGAAAUUUAAGCUGCCUUGCAAAAGCUGUUAAUGCGUGACUGGACCUUCUGUGUUCAAAAGCCAACCAAACUUGAGACUUGUGUCUUUCUAUCAUACUGUACACACGGGUAAUCCAUCUUGAAUUUACCUUUUGGGAGCUCUAUUUCCUCAGUGUUUAAUAGACUCUUUAUAUUAAAAUGUCUGUAGAAUUGACUCAAGAUAGUAAUUCA